AUCCCGGAGCAGCGCAGCAGCAGCGGCGCGUCGGUCGCAGCUUCCCCCGCGUCACCUCCACAGCCCCGCUGAAGAUCUCCUCGAUGCGUCUCCAUCCCUGGAUCUACCGCGUCCUCAGGUCCCACGUGCGUUAGUGGUGCUUAUUUAUCUAUUCGUCUGUUUCAGGAGAGCAUGUGCGUAAUUGCGCGCGGGUCGCCGUGGUGCCACCGGGAUUGACUUGGGCAAUAUGCGCCGCUGGGAUAUGAUUUUCACCCGAGAGGCUUAUGGAAUAUAGGCCGGUGUGUCUCAGCCUGAAUGCCCUGUGCUCCAGCCUCGUGAAGAAGAAACUAGUCCUGCUCAGCAUCAUGUUUUUCAUCUGGGUGUACAUGCUGUACUCCUGCGUGGGCUACUGCUCCACGAUGCCAACUUUGGCGGUGGACGGUUACCGGGGCAGGGAGGCUGGCCCCGCGGUGGGCAGAAGGACAGAGAGCAGCGGUACGGACCUGGUGUCCCGGCUGCUCGCCAAGCCGCAGCCGUGGGAGGAUGUGGAGAGCGACUACGAGGAGCCGUCCGUCCGCACCGGCGCGUCCCGGGACCUGCUCAACGAGGAGCCGGACGCGGACCGGGCCGAGGAGUGGGACGAGACGCGCGGCGAGCAGCAGAGAGCCCCGGAGCCCAGCGCCAUGUCCAGCUUCUCCAACGGCUCCGGGAGCAAGAAGCUGCCGCAGGCGAUCAUCAUCGGGGUGAAGAAGGGAGGCACCCGGGCUCUGCUGGAGUUUCUCCGGGUUCAUCCGGACAUCAGGGCCGUGGGAGCGGAGCCGCACUUCUUCGACCGCAACUACGAGAACGGGCUGGAGUGGUACAGGGAGCUGAUGCCCAAGACCCUGGAGGGCCAGAUCACCAUGGAGAAGACCCCCAGCUACUUUGUGACCAGAGAGGCUCCCGCCCGGAUCGCCGCCAUGUCCCGGGACACCAAGCUGAUCGUGGUGGUGAGGGACCCGGUCACCAGGGCUAUCUCCGACUACACACAGACACUGUCCAAGAAGCCCGACAUUCCCUCCUUCGAGAGCCUCACCUUCAAAAACAGGACUACGGGGCUCAUCGACACCUCGUGGAGCGCCGUCCAGAUCGGCAUCUACGCCAAGCACCUGGACAACUGGCUGCAGUACUUCCCCAUGGGCCAGAUCCUGUUCGUGAGCGGCGAGCGGCUGAUCAGCGACCCGGCCGGAGAGCUGGGCCGCGUGCAGGACUUCCUGGGCCUCAAGCGCAUCAUCACGGACAAACACUUUUACUUCAACCAGACCAAGGGCUUCCCGUGCCUCAAGAAGGCCGAGGGCAGCAGCAAGCCCCACUGCCUGGGGAAAACCAAAGGGAGGACCCACCCGAACAUUGACCCCGAGGUGGUGCAGAGGCUGCGGGACUUCUACCGGCCCUUCAACAUGAAGUUCUACCAGAUGACGGGACACAACUUUGGUUGGGAUUGACGUGAAGGUCCCGAGAGACUUUGUUGGAUUUGAUUUUGUUUUUGUUUUCCUCUGUAAUUCAAUGGCAAGAUGUGGAAAUAUUGCUAUAUAUAUGUAAAAUGUACAGAAAUCUAUUUUAUAAUAAUUUAUUUUUAUUUCUAAGCAAUUAAUUCACUAAGCUGCCUAACCAUAUUUGUACAUAACAUCUGACCCGUGUUUUUUUUUUUUAACAUUCCUCGUUUUGAUUUGGAGUUCUCUCGCUCCUCGUCCUGUGAACUCAGUGGAUUUACUGGUGCUUCAUGACGGAGACCAUCAGCCAUGCUGGGAAAAGAAACUGGGGCGGAACAUGUAAACGCACCAGAUUACGGGUACAGAGUGGAGAACACAUAUCCAUUGUGCGUCCUCAUUUUACAUAUGCAUCACAACUUCAUUGUGUUCGAACCCUGAGUGUGAUUCUUCUACAAGUUGUUUCACUAAGGCUACGUCCACACUACCACGCUUUCAUUUGAAAACCACUCUGGAGUUUUAGAGCCGAUAAAACUGUUACGUUUUGAAAUGCUCCUGUUUUAGUUGUUAAAUGUUUACGCUGUGUUUCAGUCUGAAAUGUAGAUGUUUGUAAACAUUGACGCUCACAAACGCUUGAUGAUUGGAUCCUUAGUUCCCAUCACAUGACGGCAUGAGCCUCGGAUGCUCUUCACAAAUCUACAACCACUUACAUGUGUCCAGCCCAGUGUACGUUAGUGGUCACGUGAUUCAUUUCAGUAUAAAACGGGAUUUAAAGUUGAUCCCCUUUUAGUUUUUCAAAUUCCAUUUUCAAAUGAAAACACAGUAGUGUGGCUGUAGCCUAAAAAACACACACCUUCCACUUUCUUGUACCACAAAAUCCUUGUCUGUCUUCAGCCUGAGCUGCAGAUCUCGUGUCCCUCUCCUCUCAGUAACAGGUGGAUCAAUAGUCCUAAUUGAUCCUCAUUGUGUCGCUCAUACUUAGAGGACCCAGCUGCCCUUUCAUCCCCAGUGCUCCUGCUGCCUGCUCUGAUGAAUGACCCGUCCGUCAAACGUUAAACUCCAUCCCGGGUCCCAUCAGUGCCCAUGUUAACAUUAUGCUAAUUGGGUAAAGGUAACUGGAAGAUCAAUCGAGCCCCCCCCCCCCCCCCCCCCCCAGCCCCCACCUGCUCUCCGACUCCCCCAUUAGGAGCAGCGUUGACUCAGAGCCAGACUCCUGCUCUAUCGGUCCGGGUUCAGAGGUCACGCGAAGUCUCAAUCAAAUCUCCUUGAGCAGCAUUUUAUUUGUUGUAGAGAGCACAGGGGCAAAGGAAGGGAGGAGGAGGGGGGGGGGGGGGGGUGUAGGUGCCUUGUUUUUCCACGGUGAGAUGGAGAAGGCGCAUCUCUGCCCGAAAUGGAGCUUGAAGAUAGAAGAGAUGACAAGCUCCAUUCAGAUCCGCCACGGCCCCGUCUCAGAUCUCCUCACUCAGGAGAUCACAGGGAGAGGAAAGGUUUUUUUUAAGUGAAGCAGGAAUGGCCUCAGGCGGGGGGGGGGGGGGGGGG